AUGGCUAUCUACAACGGUCCUGGGUUCCGUUUCCACCCUACCGAUGAAGAGAUCAUUUGCUUCUAUCUGAAGCGGAAGCUCACCGGAAAUUUACCACCCGCUUUCGAUCAUCUUGCUGUUAUCGAUAUCUAUAAGUUCGAGCCGUGGGACCUUCCCAGUUUGUCGAAGCUGAAGACCAGGGAUUUGGAAUGGUACUUCUUCACUGUGCUGGACAAGAAAUACGGUAAUAGUUUGAGGUUGAAUCGUGCUACUGAUAGAGGGUACUGGAAGACUACUGGGAAGGAUCGCACUGUCAAGAACGAGAAUGACAUUGUUGGAAUGAAGAAGACCCUUGUUUAUCACUCGGGGAGGGCUCCACAUGGUGACAGAACCAAUUGGGUUAUGCAUGAGUACAAGAUGGUUAACGAGGCCUUGGCUAGAGCUGGACUGCAGGACACUUAUGUGCUGUGUAGGGUAUUUGAGAAGAGUGGUUCGGGGCCUAAGAAUGGGGAGAAAUACGGGGCUCCUUUUGUAGAGGCGGAAUGGGAGCAUGUCAGUAGAAUGGUGGAUCCCGUGCUGCCUGUUAAUGAGCUUUUGACACAAGAAGUGUCUGCUCCUGUUCCUGCUCCAGCAUUUGUUCCUGCUUCUGUUCCUGCACUUGCUCCUGCUGCUGUUCCAGCACUUGCUCUUGCUCCUUAUGUUGAUGAACAGGUAGAUCCCUUGCCAAUUGUUGGUAAUGAGCCUUUGAAACAAGAAGUAUCUGCAUCCGCUCCUAUUGAUGAUGAUUUUGUUGAAGCCAAAGACCUCGACAAGGAGUUUGAUGAUACUAGUGAUACAGUUGGAAGUGCUGAUUUGGCAUCAAACAUCUGUUAUGGGGAGUCUAGCAGUCAUCCUCCUCAGCAUUCCCAAGCAUUUAUUAGUGAUCACAAGCAAAUGGGACCUGAGCUGUUUAAUGGUAAUCAGAUUGAUCAGCCUGAUAAUAUGACUGAUAUGUUUAAUGUGAAUAUCAAUUCUGUGGAAGAUGGAUUCAAUGGCGAGACAAACCAUAAUGAGAAUCCUCUGAGUUUCAAUUUUGAAUUUGAGGAUCCUGAUGAACUAUAUUUUGAUACCUGUGGUUAUCUUAUGAGUUCUGAAGAAGCAUAUUCAGAAACCAAUGAUUUUAAGGAUCUUGACGAGGCUAUUCCCACUGAGACAGACCCUUCUGGUGCUGCAAUGCUAGACGAGUACCUUGCAUCCCCCGAUGACGAUAUAUUCAAAUAUAUAAGCUUUGAUUCUCCUUUGAAUGUAGGGAGUGAAAACCCCAUUGGCAACCACGGACAACCUUUUGUUGAGCAGAAUAUGGAGAGCGAAGCCAAUGGUAGUUCCUUGGCAAGCGGACAUGUUCUUGAAGGACAGUCAAGUAAUGAACCUUCUUUCCCAGAGGUGUCAAAUUGGGUCGCAGAAGGAGAUGCAAAUUAUUUUGUGAGGCAAGCCAAUAAAUUGUUGGCCCACAUGCCUGCGUCACCUGCAUUUGCUUCAGAGUUUCCUACCAAGGAGUUUGCACAUGGUAUAUCUCCUGCAGGCGAGUCUUCCAAUUCUGCUCAGAUAACUGCAGGUAUGAUCAGCAUUACAGAUAUUUCCUUUAGAGGCAAUGCGAUGAUGGAUUGGAUGGUGGGCAAGAAUGGAGAUUUUAACACCAUAAUGUCUAGUGGGUUUACCCAAGCUGAUGUUAACUCUGCUACUUUGGUUCCUCUUUCUGACCUGGUCUGUAGCAAAACUGCAUUUAUGUUAUCACAUGGUUGGGUUUUCUUGGUGGGUUUCUCAGUUGUGGUUCUUUCACUGAGUUUCAAGAUCGGAAGCUUCAUGUAUACUGGUAAAUGA